AUGAUGUCAGUCACUUGGUUUUGUUCAUCGUUUGAAUCGUCGAGCAAUUCAAAUCAAACAACAAUGGAUCACAGGCUUCAGAAUAAAAAGUGUGCUUCACGUAUUUCUGUUGAUAACGUGACCGUAAAUUGUGGAGAAAUCAAGGUGCAUCCUGAUGUAGCACUUUGCAGUUCACAUCAAGAUGACUCUACUUGUUCACUAAUCGAUCGAUUUCCUCUACAAAAUGUUGAACAAUUAGCUGUAAAUCCGAAAAAGAUUGAUGAGCUGAGACGAUGGAUGCAAAAGAAAGAAGGACGAUGUCGUACAUGCAAAUUACUUCUGCUUACCGGACCCACUGGUAGUGGUAAAACAACAGCUGUGAAAAUGUUAUGUCGCGAGCUGAAACUUGAAUUAAUUGAAUGGAACUGUUCCGAAUCCUACGAUGUGUUUUAUGAUCCGGAAGGAGAAGAAAUUGUUUAUGAGGAAAAUCAGGUUAGGAAAUUUACUGAAUUUUUGAAGUCAUCGGAUCGUGGAUCUAUUGAAAAAUCAGUUUCACAGAAAGUUAUACUUGUCGAGCAACUGCCGAAUGUUUUUUAUCAAGAUCCAUCGAUACUGCAUGCAACACUAGGGAAGACCAUCAAGAACACAGUUUGUAUGUAUAUAUUUAUCAUGAGUGAUGUUGAUUCCUGUUGGUAUUUAAGUCCAAAACGUAUUUUACCUGCAAAUAUUCGUUUUCAACUAGGCUUUGAUGAAUUAUCUUUCAAUGCUUCUGCAACCAUUUUCUUAUCGAAAGCAUUACGAAGGAUUGCUUCGCUGUUGAAGGUUAACGCAUCACCGUCACAAAUUAAAAAAAUUGCCGAGAAUUCCAAUGGUGACAUAAGAACAGCAAUUCACAAUCUGCAAUUAUGUAUCGAUGGUCGCAAAAAAUUUAAUGAAAUCUGUCCUCUUCAUUCCUCAACAUUAGUUGAUCCAUAUCAUAGUUUAGGAAAGCUCCUUUAUGCGAAAAGGUGUGACAAAGCUGAUAGCGACUGGAAGAAAGCUGAAGGAAAGUUGAAAAUUGCAUUAAGAAAAAUUUACUCCAGAGAUUUUCCUCCCAAGGAUGAUGUCAGUGAAGUGCUUGACAAAAGUGGUAUGAAUGCUGAUAAGCUGGUGAUGUUCUUACAUGAACAUGAGCCGAAUUUUGCUCCAUCUUUGUCAUCAUAUUUGGGCAUUCUCAAUAAUAUAAGUCUUUUCGAUUCAGCGCUUAGUCGUUGGGAAGUUCGAAUGGAUUCUGUCCUAAGCUCUUAUAUAGGCGAAGUAGCAGCUCGAUCUACCAUUUUUUAUAAUUUCGGAUGCAGGACUAGGCAAGGUAGAGGAUUGUAUCGCUUUUAUAAACCCCAUUGUUUUGAAAAUGGUUUUCAAGCAUUCAGUAAAGAAAAAGAAAUUUAUGCUGCUUUCCCUCCACAUAUCUAUGGAGAGGUUUUAACUCUGACACUUCCAUUAAUUAGACUUAUACAGCCACGAAGGCUGAAUAAUUAUCAGUAUCAAGUGCUUGUAUCAAUGAAUUCUGCACUAUGUACGAAUUUUACUGUUAAUCAGUCUCCAGCAAACAAGAAUUCUGUAACAGAUGAUGAAGAAAAUCAGUUUGAUAUUGAAGAAAUUGAUCUUUCAUAA